CAUAAUGGAACACACGGCUUAUAAAAAUAAACGUGUUGUAUAUAUAUGGCGAACGGUAUCUUGGCAUUUUGGUUGGACUGAGGAGUUAGCUUGGUUGGUGGCUUUUAGUUUGCUCCACGCUUUUCUCUGCGCUGGUCUGUUCGCCUGGUCGUCGUCGUCGCCGUCGUCGUAUUGCUGCAGUAUCUCAGCCUCCACCGCACAAAACCCCACACACACAGAGAGACGAGAAUACGGCAAACAACAGUACAUGUCAUCAUGUCUUGUACACUUCGUGUGGUGUUCGCCUCGCUCAGAAAAAUUUAGACCCAAACCAAAACCAGCUUGCACGCAUACCUUUGAUAAAUAAACUCAGGGUCGCCGUCGGUUUGAUCUGAAACAGCUCUGUCCAAUGCAAUAAGCAUCUUCUUCCUGCUGCAUUUGGAUCAAUAUAAUAGACUCCAAGGUCUAUUAUAUUAUAUUCAGGAACAACUGAUUAAUUAAUUAAAGAAAAGUUCUUGGAAAUAAGAUAACAAUAUUUAUGUUCCUCAAUUAACAAUACUAAAAAUGUUCAUCCGAUAUUCGCAAAGUGCAUAAUAAGAAAAAGUGUACAGGACUGUCUUGCAUAUUAAAUACUUCACGUGGUCAAAAUGUCUAUGGCCAAGCGUCAACAGUGUUACUUGUGCGACCUGCCCCGGAUGCCAUGGGCCAUGAUACAUGACUUUAGUGAGCCGGUGUGUCGUGGAUGUGUCAAUUAUGAGGGGGCAGAUCGGAUUGACAUUGUGCUGGACACGGCUCGCCAGAUGAAACGUGCUCAUGCCAAUGCAUACCCAGACUCCGGAAGUCCAAGUCCGCGAUCGGUGGCCCCACAGAAGAAUGGUGGCGUCUUCCACCUCCCUCCCCCCCAUGGCCCUGUCCAUCCUCUCAGCCACUCCCACCAUGGACAUCGCAUCAACUCGUCCUCAAUGGGGGGUGGUUCUCAGUCCAAUCUCAGCAUUCCACCACCUCCCACGUCAGUCACCUCAUCUCACAACACAUCCUCCUCAAAAGACGGAAACAAUCCUCAACUCCUUUUCCCGUCUUCUUUGCGCCCAGGCCCUGCCGGUCUCAUGGCAGUAAUACCUCAACAACAGGUGCAUCAGAACCAGAAUCAGUCGCAACAACAAGGACAAUCUCAGCAGUCGCAGCAACAGCAGCAAGCGUCACAUGUUCGCCCUAAUUCCCUCCCACCGACCCCCAUCACGCUCAAGCGACUCUCGGAUGAAGAUGCGGAGCAGAAUGGAAACGAGAGCAAACGACUUGUGAUUGAAGAACAACCAGGGAUUGCUCGUCCAAUGUUGUCACGAGGGGAAAGUCUUCCCGUGGGCUCAGAUGGGGGAAAAGACAAGCCCAUUAGGACGACCUCAUUUGAUACUGCAACAUUGUAUCAAAAACAAGGAAGCAUCACAAUGACAAAUGUAAGUCGAAGGCCGUCUGGGUCCUCGUCAAGACAUGGAAAUACACCACCUUCAACCGAUGGAGCGGACUCGACCACAAAUGCUUUAAAAUGCACUCUGUGUCAAGAGAGAUUAGAGGACACUCAUUUUGUUCAGUGUCCUUCCGUUCCAAAUCACAAAUUUUGCUUCCCCUGUUCCAGACAGUCAAUCAAACGACAAGGAGCUGGUUCCGAGGUUUACUGUCCCAGUGGCGAGAAAUGUCCGCUCGCGGGAUCCAACGUACCAUGGGCUUUUAUGUCAUCGGAAAUUUCUACAAUUUGUCUGGGCGAAGACAGUUCAAAAGUGAAGAAAGAGCGUGAAACAUAAAUAAUGUAAUAAGCAAAAUCUUCAAUCUGAAAUAAGACUUAUGUACAAAACAGUAAAGAAGCAGCAAGAAGAAAUUUUGAAGAGGAAAUGAAAUUUCGAAGAGGAUACUUCAAUGCUAAAUAUUAAAAUUAUUGUGACGUGUAUCUCACUACCAUAACCAGCCAAUGUCAAUUUUUCUCUUCAUUUAGCUGUAUGUAACAUAAAUAUAACGUGUUAAUCAACCUUACCCCUUAUUUUAGCUGGAUGUCCUAUUUUUGCAAUACUACAAUUUCUUUUAUUUAUUACUUGUAAAAUAUUUUACUUAUUAAUGUCAAUUUCCAUCUGAAGAAGAGGCAAUUAAUAUGCUGCAUAUUAUACAAGUUUUCUGACACUAUAACAUAGUACGCAUGCAUUAUAAAGGACCCUCAGGAAUUAAGAAUUUUAAAACCUAGUUGUGUAUUAUGUAGGUGGUGAUGUCCGUCUAUACAAACGAUAAGUGAGCCACUUUAGGAAUCAUUGAAAGUUGUAUUUAAUCUGAUUGGUACUAUCAGUAAUCGGGGCUGCUAUUAUUAAUCAUCACCGAUGAUGUUAUUGUUAACAGUAAAAAAUUCUAAACUCGUAGUUAUUCAACAUGCAUUUUCGUUUUGUUUACAUUUUGGCAAUAAUGUGUAAAAUUGAACUUAAUUAUUGAAUUUCGAUCACUAAUAUCUAGUGCUAUCGACUAGAAAAUUCCCUGUAAAAAGUAACUAUACGUAGAUUCACAUUGUCUACAUACAUCAGUUGUCAGUGUUCGUGUAUGUUCCCUUUUUUCAUGUCUUUGUCAGAAUUUGAACAGUUUUGACAUAUGAAAGACUAAUCUUCUAGUCAUUGUUUAAAUUAGACUAAUUGGUGAAGUUUACAAGUUGGAAGAACAUUUAGGAUUGGUUUAUUUUCACCUCAACAUAAAACUCUUGUUACAUAUUAAAAAGAAAUAUUUGUUUUUUGCGUUUUUUACGUCUUAAUACAUGUUUGUGGUACAACAAGAAUGCUGAGAUUCUUUAUAUAGACAAUUUCGUAAUACUAUAAUACAUACUAAUAAUAUUUCAAUUUGCAUAACAAAGUAUAGGUAAUGUCGUCCUUUAUAAACCUGUUGCAUUAUACCGGUUUGACUUUUUGUUAAUCUUUACCGACUCCUAAUUUGUUUUCAUAUCAUUACAAAUUUGUGUAUGCCUUUAAUAAAUUUCAAAUUCUGAAACGUUAUCUUUAAAAAAUAAACUCAAACAAAAGGUUUGACGAUUUUAAAAA